ACACAGCGGUAUAACUACACUUGUAGCAGAAGAAACACACAGUCCAUGUCCACGCAAUUUUUUUACAAAAUGAACGCAUUAAGUCUUUCUGUAAAAGUUCAUCCAAUCGUUUUAUUUCAAAUUGUUGACGCAUUCGAACGACGUAAUGCAGAUUCACAGCGUGUAAUUGGAACAUUACUAGGAUCAGUCGACAAAGGUGUUGUUGAGGUUACAAACUGUUUUUGUGUACCUCAUAAGGAACACGACGAUCAAGUUGAAGCUGAACUUAGCUAUGCAUUAGAUGUUUAUGAACUGAAUCGCCGGGUGAAUCCAUCAGAAAUCAUUGUUGGUUGGUGGGCUACUGGUCAUGAAGUAACUAAUCACAGUUCAGUUAUCCAUGAGUAUUAUGCUCGUGAAUGUAAUAAUCCUGUGCAUUUGACGGUGGAUACCUCUUUGCAAGGUGGUCGUAUGGGAUUGAAAGCAUAUGUUUGCAUCAAUUUGGGUGUUCCAGGAGGAAAGAAUGGCUGUAUGUUUACACCAAUAAAUACCGAAGUCACUUAUUAUGAGCCAGAAGUGGUUGGUUUACAACUAUGUGAAAAAACAAUUGCUCCACCAUCGAGCCGUUUGAAGAACGUAUCGCCAAUGCUCGAUUUGGCCCAAGUUUCGGAGGCGUCUUCGAAGUUGUCUAAUCUUCUUGAAGAACUUCUGACAUAUGUUGAAGAUGUGCUUAGCAGCAAGCAACCACCAGACAAUGCAGUUGGUCGAUCGCUUCUCGAUCUAAUAAAUUCAGUUCCACACAUGAAUACUGAUCAAUUUGCCCAAAUGUUCAAUUCCAACGUUAAAGAUUUGCUUAUGGUGAUCUCUUUGUCUCAAUUGAUCAAGACACAACUUCAACUUAAUGAAAAAUUAACAUUCUUCUCUGCAUCCAUUGGAAAAAACUGAUCACUCAAACUAAAAUUGGUGGCAAAUAGCAGUAUGUGGAUAUCAAAAAUGUACAGUGUACACUUUGUUAAGAGAAAAUAAAAGAACUUUUGCUUAACAACUAUA